GAUGUUAGCAACGAUACACACCUCCAAGGUAGCGAUUAAUACUAAUAGUUUUGUGUCAAAUAUAAUAGUAAUAGAUAAUUGAAUAAUAAACCAAAAUCAGUGUCCAAAUAUAUUAUCAAUAUAAGCCAGAAAUUAACUUUAAACAGCCUAUUUUGCGAGCAAGAUUUGCUAUAUAAACAGCGGCCAACUGUAAAUUAGGGUGGUUUCCCUUGAAUCUCUAGCUUAAACAAGAUGGCUGCUUUAGUAAAUGUGCUUGGUUGCAUCAAGUAAAAACAUCGUUAAUCUUUAUUUAUUACUGAAAAGUUUUACUACUGAUGUUUUAAAACACGCACAUCAAUAAAAUUUAUUUAUAAGAAGCAGCAUGGGAGAGGCAACUGCUGAUUUAGAUUUACAGUUUGAUGAGUUUAAAGAAUUUUCAAAUUCUGAAGAUGUGAAGCCACUUCUAUCUACAGUAUUUUCAUCUUCUUCUGACAUAAAAACAGAAUUAUCAUUUUUAACUUUCCGUGAUAUCAAACCAAACUUGACAUUUAUAGCUUCACAGGAUGAUAAAACCGUUGUUACGCCAGAUUUUUCAUCUUCUACAGACACAAAGUCAGAAUGUACAACAUUUUCCUCUUUUGAUGAUGUAAAACACCAUAUGACAUUUCUAACAUCUCAAGAUAAAACAACAGGAUUUUUAAUUUUUAAAGAUAUGGAACCUGCUGUAUCAGCAGUAUGUACAAGAUCUGAAGAUAUAAAACCAGAAUUAGAAACUUUAUCAACCAACACAGAAUUAGAAAUUUUAUCAACUACUGAAGAUAUAAAUCCAGAAUUAGAAAAUAAAUCAACUAGUGAAGAUCUAAAACGAGAAUUAGAAACUUUAUCAACUAGCGAAGAUAUAAUACCAGAAUUAGAAACUUUAUCAACCAACAAAGAUUUAAAACCAGAUUUAUGGACAAAAUUUUUAGAUUCUGAGGACAAACAACAAAAUGGACUUGAAGAAAAGCUAAAACUCCCUGAAGAUGAAACAUAUCUGUCUGUUGAUCCUCAUAAUUGUCAUGAACAGUUUUUUCAAAACUUGAAUAAACAAGCUCAAGUAGGGGAGAGGCCACUUGAAUGUGAUGCUUGCCAUAAAAGGUUUUCAUAUAGUUCUAGGUUAAAUGAACAUAAAAAAGUUCAUUCAGGAGAUAAGCCAUAUGAAUGUGAUGUUUGUCAUAAAAAGUUUUCAUAUAGUUCUAGGUUAAAUGAACAUAAAAAAGUUCAUUCAGGAGAUAAGCCAUAUGAAUGUGAUGUUUGUCAUAAAAAGUUUUCAUAUAGUUCUAGGUUAAAUGAACAUACAAAAGUUCAUUCAGGAGAUAAGCCAUAUGAAUGUGAUGUUUGUCACAAAAGGUUUCCAUAUAGUUCUAGUUUAUAUAAACACAAAAGAGUUCAUUCAGGAGAUAAACCAUUUGAAUGUGAUGUUUGUCAUAAAAAGUUUUCAUAUAGUUCUAGUUUAUAUAAACACAAAAGAGUUCAUUCAGGAGAUAAACCAUUUGAAUGUGAUGUUUGUCAUAAAAAGUUUUCUCAGAGUUCUAUUUUAUAUAAACACAAAAGCGUUCAUUCAGAAGAUAAACCAUAUGAAUGUGAUGUUUGUCAUAAAAAGUUUUCACAUAGUGCUAAUUUAUAUGCACACAAACAAGUUCAUUCAGAAGAUAAACAAUUUGAAUGUGAUGUUUGUCAUAAAAAGUUUUCUCAGAGUUGUAGUUUAUAUAAACACAAAAGAGUUCAUGCAGAAGAUAAACAAUUUGAAUGUGAUGUUUGUCAUAAAAAGUUUUCUCAGAGUUCUAGUUUAUAUAAACACAAAAGAGUUCAUUCAGAAGAUAAACAAUUUGAAUGUGAUGUUUGUCAUAAAAAGUUUUCUCAGAGUUCUAGUUUAUAUAAACACAAAAGAGUUCAUUCAGAAGAUAAACAAUUUGAAUGUGAUGUUUGUCAUAAAAAGUUUUUAUAUAGUUCUAAUUUAUAUACACACAAAAGAGUUCAUUCAGGAGAUAAACCAUUUGAAUGUGAUGUUUGUCAUGAAAAGUUUUCAUAUAUUUCUAGUUUAUAUAGACACAAAAGAGUUCAUUCAGAAGAUAAACCAUUUGAAUGUGAUGUUUGUCAUAAAAAGUUUUCUAAGAGUUCUAAUUUAUAUGCACACAAACAAGUUCAUUCAGAAGAUAAACCAUUUGAAUGUGAUGUUUGUCAUAAAAAGUUUUCUAAGAGUUCUAUUUUAUAUGCACACAAAAGAGUUCAUUCAGGAGAUAAACCAUUUAAAUGUGAUGUUUGUCAUAAAAAGUUUUCUUGGAGUAGUAGUUUAUAUAUACACAAAAGAGUUCAUUCAGGAGAUAAACCAUUUGAAUGUGAUGUUUGUCAAAAAAAGUUUUCUCAGAUGACUAAUUUAUAUGCACACAAACAAGUUCAUUCAGAAGAUAAACCAUUUGAAUGUGAUGUUUGUCAUAAAAAGUUUUCUUGGAGUUAUAGUUUAUAUACACACAAAAGAGUUCAUUCAGAAGAUAAACCAUUUGAAUGUGAUGUUUGUCAUAAAAAGUUUUCAUAUAGUGCUAAUUUAUAUGAACACAAACAAGUUCAUUCAGAAGAUAAACCAUUUGAAUGUGAUGUUUGUCAUAAAAAGUUUUCAUAUAGUGCUAAUUUAUAUGAACACAAACAAGUUCAUUCAGAAGAUAAACCAUUUGAAUGUGAUGUUUGUCAUAAAAAGUUUUCUUGGAGUACUAGUUUAUAUAAACACAAAAGAGUUCAUUCAGAAGAUAAACUAUUUGAAUGUGAUGUUUGUCAUAAAAAGUUUUCAUAUAGUGCUAAUUUAUAUGAACACAAACAAGUUCAUUCAGAAGAUAAACCAUUUGAAUGUGAUGUUUGUCAUAAAAAGUUUUCUCAGAGUUCUAGUUUAUAUACACACAAAAGAGUUCAUUCAGAAGAUAAACCUUUUGAAUGUGAUGUUUGUCAUAAAAAGUUUUCACAUGGUGCUAAUUUAUAUGCACACAAACAAGUUCAUUCAGAAGAUAAACAAUUUGAAUGUGAUGUUUGUCAUAAAAAGUUUUCUUGGAGUUCUAGUUUAUAUAGACACAAAAGAGUUCAUUCAGAAGAUAAACUAUUUGAAUGUGAUGUUUGUCAUAAAAAGUUUUCUCUGAGUUCUAAUUUAAGGAAACAUAGAAAAGUUCAUACUGGAGAUAAGCCACAUGAAUCAUGUGAUUAUUGCCAUAAAUAUGUUUCUAGAAAAAAUAAAACAGUUCAUACUGGAGAUAAGCCAGAUGAAUGUGAUGAUUGCCAUAAAUAUGUUUCUAAAAUAAAGCGGCUCCCGACAUAUUGGCUCCCGAUAUAAGUGCUCAAGACAAAAUAAAUGCAUUAACUGGGUGUUUACCAAGUUUUAUUUUUAGUGUAAAAUUAAUGUUGUAUUUGUUUAGAUGUUAAUUAGUUUUGCUCAGGUCUAUUAGACUCCUUUGUCACCACGCAAAGGUGCACGGACUUGAGAGAAUAAUGGUCAAUACCAUCUUACCAUGUAUUAAGAAUUCGAGGGAUGUUUCCUUGAUUAUGAAAACUGGCCAGGUCUUAUUUGUAUCCUUUUGUUUUUUGCUUGUAAAAUACAUUUUUGUGAAGUAGGAUGAAGUUAAAUAAAUGCAUUAACUGGGUGUUUA